AUGGAGUAUGAAGUGGAGGAGAAUGAUGGUCCUGGAAUCGCGCCUGAAUGCGGUGCAAUCUUCAUGUCUAAUACUGCUACAAAGAGGGAGUGCUUUAGGCGAAAUAUCUUGGCAUUUCCAUCUUCCAGGGCUAACUUUGUCAAACAGAUUAAAAAAGGAUUAGUUUUAUUCUUGUUUGAAAAUGAGAAACGACAGCUAUUUGGCGUUUACCGAGCUACUUCUGAUGGCGGAAUGAAUAUUUCGCCCCAUCCGUUUAUCUUUCAGGGAAAGCAACUCUCAUGGCAGGUCUCUUUUGCCCCAAUUUGGGAGUGUGAUCCACUUUCAGAAAAUGAAUUUUGUGGUGCAAUUAGAGAUAAUUAUUAUACACCCAAGAAGUUCAAUUUUGGUCUGUCACAAAAACAGGUCCACCGCCUUCUGUCCUUAUUUGAAGCAAAGAAGCUACCCCCAAGACAACCGCACAGAAUAGUAACUAGGACUGCUGGUAAAGAUAGUAGAUUUUCCAUAAGAGAAAGGUUAGGAACAGCAAUCGAUGAUGAUAACUUCCCCCCAAUAGGAAGGAAUGGAUUCUUGCAGAACUCUCCGCAUGGAGGCAUUGAAGCUGAUGACAACAUGCUUGAUGUAGAUUAUAAGAUAGGAAAUGGAGGGAAUAUCAAUUAUUCCAGAGGCAACUUAUUGACUGAUCAAGUUGGUGAUUCUCUGCUCGCUAGGAAAAAGUUAUAUGAUGAGUAUACUGACUAUGGAGUUCAUGAUUCUCAUAUUCCUUCAGUACCUUACAAGACUGAUAACCGGGAAGUUUCACUGGAUAAAGGGAGACCAUCAGGUACUUAUUGCCGGUCUCCAUUUGCCAAUAAUUAUGGAAAUGAUUGUAGUGUCUAUGUGAAUCGCUCUCCUGGUGUUGGCACCAAUUAUUCCAAGGCCUAUCCAAACGCAAACAGAAGAGAAGAAUAUGGAAGGCCUGUCUUUGAUAGCUCACGUAAACAAGUUGCUGAUAAUGACAGGCUCCUUGGAAACAAUACCAUAGAAACUAAAUUAAAUUCAAAUGGUUUUAGAAGAUUUCCUGAUGAUCAUGAAGAUUUGCUAAAGAGACCUGGAAGAGCGAUCGAUAGUACUAGGUUAGGUCAUGGUAGGAACCUGGGGGUUGAUGGCAUUCCUGCAGUUCAACGCAAAUAUUAUGAAAACUUUGAUGAAUAUGAGAUAAAAGGAACGUCUGGAGGAAGUAGGCUUUUGAUGGAUAAAAGGACUGGAGCUGAACGUAAUUUGAACAAUGGCCUUGAAUUUAGCCGUUUCUCUGAGAAAUCUCAAAACUUGUUUGAGAGCCACCAAGGAAUCGAUGUUCCUAGGAGAUUGCAUCGUGGUGCCCCAUUGCACGAACCAUACGAACCAUCUGGAUAUGACUCAAGGAUUCAAAGACAGGUGGGUGGUGAUUUCCAAUACAGCAAAGACAAUUUACUGGAUGACAGGCAGGGCGGGGGAGACUUUACUGGGAAUGUCCCCCUUUCUAAUUCAUUGGAUAUCCCUAGCAAGUCUUUCCUAGAUUUUCAGUACUUGGUACAGAAUCUAAAGACCCCUAAUUCUGCGUACCAUGACCCAGUUGUUACAAGAGUCAAUUCAAAUGCCCCUGAACGCACUAUUAUUCCAAAGCACUCUCCCGCUGCUGGAUUUGAUCAGGGUGCUGGAUUAUCUGUUGAUACUCCUCAUUAUGGUCCUGGAAUAGAUUUUCUUGAUUUGGUCAAUAGAAAACCAUGUCAAGGAGAAGGUUCAGGCAGGUCUAUCGAAUAUAGGGAUAUUCAUUUUCCUAGUCAUGAUUCUGCUCUACCUUUUACUGCUCAAGUUUCUCAGGGCCUGGAACCAAGGUUCUCACCUGCUACUGAUGGGAGUUCAAUGCAUGCUCCAUCUAAUUAUGGAUCUCUUCCUUUUCCAGAAUCUUAUCCUUUGAGAGAGUCUCCUCUUGCACCUGAAAAUCGUAUGUUGCAGCAAGGGCUGCAAGAGCAUGAUCAGUAUCAAGAGUUGAGCAAUCUCUUGGAACCGCAUUUUGCUAAUGAAGAACUUGGGUACGACAAAUGGUGCAGCCCGCAAAUACAAUUAACUGAUCUUGAUCAGCGCUUAAAUCCUGAACAUGUGUAUUCUGGUCCUGAAAGGCAGAGGAAAAGUGUUUUUAGUCGUCUAGCAUCUCAUCCUAGGGCAUAUGAAGAAGCAAAUGAGAAGGAUGACGUGUAUAUGGAUGGCUACAUGGAUGCAUCUGUUGAUGAAGUCAUGGAGAUGCUGAAUUUCCGUCGAAAUGUUCCACAGAAGAACUUUAGAAAAUCUAAACCUGUGGCUGGACGGCAUGAUAGAGAUGAAACUGUUAGGAUUGGGAAGCGAGCAUCUCCAGAAGAGGCUAAAAGAUAUAUAGCAUCGCAAUUUUCUCCUGGACAGCAUGACAGAGAUGAAACUAUUAGGAAUGGGAAGCGAGCUUCACCUGAACGGGCUAAAAGACAUGAAGCAACACAAGUGGAGGAUGAAUCAAGUAGAUCCAUUGCUGACAGUGCUCAAGAAAUUAAAAAAGAGACUAGAGAAUUGGAAUUCAAACGCCGGAGAGAUUUGAAGAAUGGGUUGGGUGAAGAUAGUGCUAAGAGUAAUAUUUCCAGUAAAGAGGACAAUUUAUCACGAGAGAAAGCUGACUCAGAGUCGACGCAAAACUCCACUCCACCGACCCACUGCCUACAGAUGCAACGUCCGCGGCGGCGCCACCGCUAUGGCGCCCAGAUUUGUGCUCUGUUUGCCGCCGUGCUCCUCCUGCUAUCCGUCUCUCUCCUCCACAACCGUCUCAACUUCUUUCAUUCCCAAUCUGCUGCGGUUCAUCCCCAUUCCCUCUCCCAGCACGAUGCCGGGCUUUCACUAAGUAACAAUCCGCUUCUCGACGACUCCACCGAUUCACUCGACCGUUCUUCCAACUCCGACGAUCUCAUUGACGAGCACGAUGACUUCGUCUUCAACAAAAACAUCAACAACAUCGACAAUGUUGGCGACCUCUUUAAUGUCGAAUCUGAGGAAGAUGCCGAUGAAGAAGACGACGACGUUUCUGCUCAAAGCGAGAAAGCUUCUUCACUUUACUACUUUGAUCACCUCAACGGUGUUGUUAGGAGGGGUUUUAAUAAGAAAACCAUUGAGGAGUGGGAGGAUUAUAUUAGCUUCGAAUCAAAGCUGGGAUUGGAGUUAGGGUUUAGCAAUGAGGGAUCAAAGACAGCUUUUGGAUCGGAUGAUAUCCCGGUGAAUGAGAAAACCCGGAAAAAGUUGACUGAAAUUCAGGAAGUUGAGGAUGCUUUGUUGCUCAAGGGUUCAAAAUUGAGGGAAGGAUGGGGUGAAUGGUUUGAUAAGAAAAUUGAUUUCCUGAGAAGGGAUAGGAUGUUCAAGUCGAAUUUGGAAGGAGUUAAUCCUUUGAAUAAUCCGUUAUUGCAGGAUCCUGAUAUGCCUGGAGUUACAGGCCUAACUAGAGGAGACAAAGUUAUGCAGAAAGGUUUAUUGCAUGAGUUUCAGAAAGUGCCAUUUCUGGUCAAGAAGCCCUUGGCAGUGGAGGAGUCCAAGAAUGUCAUCGAAACUGUAAAUACUGAUGUACAGAGAGGUGAAAACAAGAAGAUAAAGGGAAAAACUUUGGAUCGCAAUCUUAGGAGUACUCAGGAUAGUCCUAAAACUGACUAUAAAGCUGUUGAUAACCCUGGUUAUAUUAGGAAACAAGUUGGAGAGGAUUUGGAUCAGAGUCUUAAUGGUGUUGAUGAUCCUGGGCAUGUUAGGAGGUCAGCUGUUGAUAGCAAGGAUUCAAAUCAGAGCAAGGUGUCAGAGAUAUCCAAUAAUAAAGAGCGAAGACGUGAGCGGAAGAAUCCAACCAGUGAGUUUGCAGGGUUAGUGUUAGCUGAUGGAAGGAGAUGGGGCUACUACCCGGGAUUGGAUCCGAGAUUGUCGUUUAACAAUUUUAUGGAAUCAUUUUUCAGAAAAGGUAGGUGCAGUAUGAGGAUUUUCAUGGUGUGGAAUUCUGCACCAUGGAUGUUUGGUGUUCGUCAUCAGAGGGGGCUCGAGAGCGUGUUCUUCCAUCAUAGAGAUGCUUGUGUAGUGGUUUUCACUGAGACGCUUGAACUGAAUUUCUUCAGUGGCUUUGUGGAGGAUGGUUACAAGGUGGCUGUGGCAAUGCCAAAUCUUGAUGAACUACUUAAGAACACUCCAACUCACAUAUUUGCAUCCGUCUGGCAUGAAUGGAAGAAGACAAGAUAUUAUCCCUUACAUUAUAGUGAACUCAUCAGGCUUGCUGCUCUCUACAAAUAUGGUGGAAUCUAUCUUGACUCUGACAUAAUAAUACUCCAGCCCCUCUCAUCCCUUAACAAUACUGUUGGUAUGGAGGAAAAGAACUCCUUGAAUGGUGCUGUAAUGGCAUUCAGGAAGCACAGUGGAUCAAAUUGCAUUGUCAUGUAUGGGUAG